GCGCACUGUCCCUUUAAGAAGAGCGCUCGCGCAGCCCGUAAAGAAGAAGCUCUUCGCUCCUCUCACUCGGGACUCGAUUCAUAAAUAAUAAGACACCGCGCGGGGAGGAAGCUCGCAGGGGCUCAUCGGAUUUCUUCAUUCGGCGAACCGGAUGCGAAGUGGCGAGCAGGAACCAGACAUGCUCACCUCGGUCGGGGACUGUGAAUCGGGGGCACGUCCGAGAGAGGAGAAAUGACUUCCCAUGGCUGACCCCUUCCUGCGCGAGCCGACAGGAGGCAGCUCGAGCCCGCCCCGGGCGCCGCUGUAGCCCCGCGCAACGCUCGCUCGCUCGCAGGGGUUUCGUGUUUUCGACGCGCUUCCGCUCGACGCCAGUCACCCUCCUCUAAAGACCCUGCCGAUCCCGUGUCCGCUCUCUUUUAUCCGUUGAGUGUUGUUUUUUUGUUAUUUUUUUUAGAACAAAUGAAAAUACCCUAGAGGAGCCCGAGGACCUGACAUACCGAUGGGGCAGUGAGUUAUGGCAGCUAAAGAGGAACUGUACGCCAAAGUGACCCCGCGGAGGCAGCGCCAGAGCCGGCCGGGCACCACCGUCAAACAUGGGUCCGCUCUGGACGUGCUGCUGUCCAUGGGCUUCCCCAAGACCAGGGCCUUGAAAGCUCUGGUUUCUACGGGAGGCAAAAACGUCCAGGCAGCUUGUGACUGGCUCUUCUCCCACGUGGACGACCCCUUCCUGGACGACCCCCUGCCGCGAGAAUACGUGUUGUACCUGCGGCCCAGUGGGCCGCUGCUGCAGCAGCUCUCGUUCUUCUGGCAGCAGUCCCGCGUCUCCUGUGGCAAGAAUAAGGCGCACAACAUCUUCCCCCACAUCACCCUCUGCCAGUUCUUCAUGUGUGCCGACGGGAAGGUGGAGGCUCUGUGCGACGCCCUCCAGACCACGGUGGCCAAGUGGAAGGGUCGCAUACCCAUGCCCCUGCCCCUGGAGCCCUACACGUCCUCCAGCUUCAUCGGCCUCUUUGUGGAGGAGCAGAUUGCCGAGGUGCUGAAGAGUUUUGCUGCAGAUUUUGCCACUGAAGCAGCAGCUAAAGCAGAUGUUCACGUCGAGCCCCAUAAGAAACAACUUCACGUCACGUUGGCGUACCACUUCCAAGCCAGUCACCUUCCGGUUCUGGAUAAGUUGGCCAAAAACGUGGACGUGUCGUUGGGCUGCGACUGGCUGACUGUGCUCUUCUCCCGGGACAUUCGGUUUGCUAACCACGAGACACUGCAAGUCAUGUACCCAUAUGUGCCUCAGAAUGACGACGAGCUUGAGCUGGUGACGGGAGACUUCAUCUUCAUGUCCCCGGUGGAGCAAAGCAGCGCCAGUGAGGGCUGGGUGUACGGCACCUCGCUGGGCACGGGGCUGUCCGGCCUGCUGCCCGAGAACUACGUCAACCGCGCCGAUGAGUCCGACACCUGGGUUGUCCACGGGUCUCACUCCAUCCGCGACAGCGCCUCUCCGUCAAACACUGGCAGCACCGUGGGCGGGUUGUUGUUUGACGGACAGCUCAAUGACAGUUUGCUUGACAGUCUCAUGGAUCCUCCCAGCAUCUGUCCUCCCAUGCAGGUAUCGAGGCCAACUAGUCAGUCCUCCUUGUCUAGGAUGAGACUGUUUGUGUGUCGCCAUGGGGAGAGGAUGGAUGUGGUGUUCGGGAAACACUGGGUCACUCAGUGCUUCGACUCCAAAGGCCGAUACAUUCGCUCUAAUCUCAACAUGCCGUCCAGCCUGCCACCCAGGAGCGGAGGUCACCGGGACUAUGACAAAGAUUGUCCAAUUACUGUGUUUGGCUCCACCCAGGCCCAUCUUGUAGGUGAAGCCCUGUUGGAAAGCCACACAGGAAUAGACUUUGUUUACUGCUCUCCUUCUCUUCGCUGUGUCCAGACUGCUCAGCAUAUUCUGCAGGGUCUCCAGCAGGAGGGAAAGACAAAAAUCCGAGUAGAGCCCGGAUUGUUUGAAUGGACCAAGUGGGUUUCAGGCACAUGUUUACCUGGCUGGAUCUCCCCAGCUGAGCUGGCGGCUGCUAAUCUGUGUGUGGACACAACGUACAGACCUCAUAUUCCCAUCAGUAAAUUGACGGUUUCAGAGUCAUAUGACACCUACAUCAGCAGGAGCUUCCAAGUGACGCGGGAGAUCGUGGCAGAGUGCAAGAACCUGGGAAACACAGUCCUGAUUGUGGCCCAUGCCUCCUCCCUGGAGGCCUGCACUCGCCAGAUACAAGGCCUGAGUCCCCAGAACUCCAAGGACUUUGUCCAAGUUGUCCGGAAGAUUCCUUACUUGGGUUUUUGUGCUAGUGAGGAAAUGGGAGAGACCGGGGUGUGGCAGCUGAUCGAUCCACCCAUCUUGCCUCUGACACAUGGACCCAAUCACAGUUUCAACUGGAGGGAAAUGUUAAUGCAAGACUGAGGGAUAUGGUGCUUGGCUCACUAUCUUUUUGCUGCCCUGAACUGCUGAAAAAAAGUAUUUAUUUUUAACCCACACUGCUACAAGUCCAGCCCAAGGACCCCCGCCCCCCAAAAGUCUGUCUUCUGUCAAAGACGUCAUGCAAAAAUGUAAGCAUUCAGUGAGGCGAACGUAUUCAGAUGUACAGCUCAGGAUAGAGAAAAUAGUUUGUGUGGAGUCCACAGUGAUGACGGGCUACAGGUAGGGCAGGGGUUUGUGGCACGGCUCUCAACAUUCCACUUCUUUGGCCCCGAUUUUGGAGAAAUCUGGAUAUUUCUUGACGGUUGCCGAUGAGUUAUUUUUCAAGCCACAAGAAGGUUUGUCACGAAGAUCUGUCCGUGGCACCAGCUCUCGGGCGCAGGGCGGCGAAGACUGCGCUCUGCUGCCUCCUCGCACACUGUGACAGGAGUUCGCUGACGACUCGAAGACUCUAAACCAUAGAAAUAUUUUUUCCAUGUGUUAGAAGUCAUUAUUUAACUCAUAACCAUGACCCGCCUUACAAAAAAGCACAAAAGAAAUGUUGACAAUCAGACACGGGAGAACUGAUCUUCAUUAUUUCUGGUGCUGAGGUGGGUAGUUGAUUAUACGUGUUCUAUUCCUGUAAAUGUCAUAUCAUUAAGCCGUUCUUCCAAGUCAAAAUCUAUGUGCCCACAUGAAUCCUCAAAGCUUCCUGUAAGGCCGUGGUCCACAGGCAUUAUGUGAAGGCAGCGCAGGUUUUGUUAGGACCACAAGUGCAACCAAGUCAGUAUGACAGAAGGCAACGAACAUGAUGAAAUUUGUUGGUUUUUGAUUUGAAGCAGGUGCAUUGGCCAAAACUUUUGCUUGUUCAUCAUGACCCUGACACUCUCUAUAAGCCUGAUAACCACACUGCUUCUCAAACACGUCUUACGUUGCAUUUCAGAUGUUUUUUGGUUAUGUCAGAUGAUGAAAGUGCUUACUGCCUAUACCAGUUUUUGUUGUAUGACACAGAAACAUCUAUUGAUACUCUCAUAAAUGAAUAAAGCAAAGUUGUGGAGGCUUAUAUAGGCUUAUACGUAUAAGCCGGUGCCAUGUGUUCUGUCAAAGAAUUACCUCUUCACACCAGUAACGAGUGUGAAGGUUGGGGAAAGCGACAGAUAACACUCGGACAAUUACCAUCUGGCAGUAGCUUUAUUGUAUUGUUGAUGAAUCUUUAUUGUCUUACUGUUUCUCUAAGCAUAUGUGAGAAAACAUACUGACUAACCCCAUUUGCAAUAUCUGUAUCAGAAUUAGAGACAAAUAACAUUUUCUUUAAAAAAAGGAGAAACAUUUGCAGGAAAAUCACAGGCGGAAUAAAUGACAAAGAAUUGCUCAGUUCCA